CAAAUCUGGGCCUCGUCAGCCGUGUCAGUGUGACGUCACUAGGGGGAAACUACAGGUGUGUCGUACCGUUAGUUCCCCUGGUGAAAGAUUCGAAAGUACUGUGACCAUACUAGGAUGAGUCUAGUCAAGGUAUAUGCCGCCUUGUUCUGCUUUUGUUUCGUGCUUGGUAUACCCGUGUGUUGGGCUACCCCACAACCGCCCUCACAUACACACGUGUGUGAGUUUACACCGACAAACGAGACCCAGUUCAUCGACAGCAUCUACCAGUUUUUCAACAAGGACAGCGGGACGAGAAUCUUGGAGUACCACGUCAAGUUUGUAAACGUCAGUUCGGAUUUCGAUCUCAGCAAGCGCUCACGUAAAGACGCCUUUCAGCCAUGGAGGUGGUUUCGAACCCAGGGUGUGGGCAGCUCCCAGUUGUUGCUGGUCAACACGUAUUACUACGGCCUGCUGAAGCCUUUCGCGACAGUGGGUAUCGCCCAGAGGGACGUGGUCCUGAGUGUGAGUCCUUCAGAUUGUCUGGACGAUCUUAAAGAUGACCAGCUGGACAAUAUGCUGAGGGAUUAUCUGUUGAGGGAUUUUGACGUUGACGGCGCCACGGUAAAACACCCGUUCAAAUACUCAGACGCUGUGGAGAUCUGUACAGCUCUGGUUGAUGAUGAUGACGGCUGGGGACGUCUAGUCUACAGGUGCUGUGGAUACGACUACCGGAAGCACCUGUACUGUGAUGACGUGUACAACGGCGACUGGGUGUGGGCCCUCCAAAUCUUUAUCCUUACCCUGACGGUCAUCAUCUUUCUCUACAUCCCCCUCCUCAUCCCCGAGGGUUACAGGUACAACACGUAUUGUUACUUCCCUGCGGAUAAUCUGACGUUUAAGAUAGUUUGUACACAUCAUCCCGAGGAGUACAGGACGAAUAAAAAAUCCCUGGCCCUCAGACGUAAACAGUGGGAGAAGAUGACCAAGGUGAAGAAAUUUCUACCUUCACUGGUCAAAGAUGUUGUCUACCUGUGUCACGUGAAGAAGGUGGAGUUUAGUGUCAAUAUGGACAAGCUGCUGGUUGAGGGCGGGUCAACAAUCAACAGCACCAAGGCUUUGUUCAACGCCUUCAUCCGGUGUAAGAUCCGCCAAAGUGAACCCCUAGAAGACUGUUGUCGCUACCCUGCUUGUGGCACUAUCUGCUGCACCCACUCGCCUCCAUGGAACGUCGUUGUCCGAGCGUUCAGAACCCUGUUCGUCAUGACAGUGUUGGUCAUCCCCUCCCUCCCUUUCAUGUACGCCAUGGCCGCUGAUGACCUGGAUUUCCAGUUUCUGGGGGAGGCGUUCGAAUCUCGCGGGCUCCAACGGAAAUUCAACUUCUACACUGGUCGUGUUUCUGGGAAAAUUAUUGUCGCAGUCAUAUCAAUCAUGUACAUUCUUCACUGCGCUCUUCUAAUCAUAGACGGCGCCACAACUGAAACUUUCAGUCAACUUUACAACGAAAUCUUCGACCUUUCAUGGAAGAAACAGCUGAGACAACAUGUCACGUGGGUUAGGUAUCAACUCAAAAGACUUCGAAUGCCAAUUAAAAGAUGUGGUAUUUUCGUCUUGCCCAUUUGGAUACUGGCAGCCAUUUUGUUUCCCAUGUAUGUGAUGAUGUCUAUCAUCUACCACGCCCCAAUGCUGCAGCUUGUUGUUCAAGUUAUACGGAAGAGUUAUCGCCGAGUCAAAUCUUUAAAACAGAAACCUAACGACAGGAUCAAAGCUUACAACGGCUGUCAACUUUUCUGGUUCUUCUUCACAAUCCUCUUCGUCUUCAUCGUACUCACCAUCGGCACAAACUUCCUGGUUCACGUGCUGGCUAUGGUAAUCGUAACCGUGGUGGUGGAGGCUGACCUCAUCUACCGCAUCCUUCCGGUGGUGCUGCUGUUUUUCAUGUACAUCCGGGACUCGUACAGUCGUGUAGGGCUGGGGUACGACGCCUUCUACAACAUAUUGCUGGAUGCCGUUAAGUCCAAGGAGCAGAAAGCUGUGAAAGCCGAGGCUAUGAAACCCAGACACCAACAAACCAACAGAGUUUUUAAGGUGGAUGUUGAGAAACUAGAUGACGCUUCAGAAACUGAUGGCGCAGACGAUAUGGCCGUUGAUGUAGCGGAAGUUCCGGUUCCCCAGCCCAAGAGACUUUUUAACGUGAAGCACGGCAACAUCCGACUACACCAGAGACAACUGCUGCUGUUUCUAACUAGGGACGACUUUCUGCACAUGUCCGAGAAAUUUUUCUUUCAUUGUUGUACCAUGGACUGUGCUGGGAGUCCUGGUCCUAUUGUAGAGAGCUAUGUUAAGGCUACACUAGAAGUGGUUAAAAUCGGCAUCUUCCUUCUCUUCGUCUUCCUGGUGGUGAUGGCGUACGGCAGCAGCUACUACAUCUCACCUGCCAAUCACCUGUUUGUCACCCUCAUCUCUGGUCUGGUGCCGCUGAUCAUCAGGAACGUCUUUUGUUUGGCUGGUGCCACACCUGUUGAAACCGUCAAUACGAAAAACUACAGGUUCGAGGCCCAGCUGAAGGAAAAAAUUGAAACCUUCGGCCAGUCUUGGGAUGUCAAGGACAUGACCCUGGCCAACCCCAGCCCAAACAACAACAUGUAUGACGAAUCUGAACUUUCCGAAACGGGAAGUCCCGGGGACGUGAUUGACCUCAUUCUGGACUUGAAUGGGAGCUGUACGGAGGAAGAGAUUCAGAAGGUGGAGGAAGCAGACGACGAUCUUCAGAAGCUCGAACCUGUAUGAGCCCAAGAGUUUUAUUUUAGCUGGUACAAAUGUAAUUUAGGUGUUACAGAAUUAGCUGUGGCCACUACAAAAUAUGUUUUAGGUAUUACAAAAUGUGUUUUAUGUAUUACAAAAUGCGCUGUAACUGUUACAAAAUAUGUUUUAGUCGUGUCACAAUUCCUGGUGUUUGAAUGACUAUUGAAAUGUAAUAUAUUUGUUUAUAGAACGUUACUUAAAGACUAGAUACAUUUAAAGUUUAGCACAAUCAGCAUUUCCCAGACUUCAGUGCUAGAAGCUUGCCAAUGUACUCAUUAUUCCUGUUGGUUUCUCGUUCAUUGUCUCUUCUACUUCUACUGUGUACGCAAUUGUAAUCUAGAUGGGGAGUCCAUCAAACAUCAGUAAAUAACAUUUUAUGCGUCAUGUUGCCCGGUGACUCAGCCUGAUUUGUCUCAAGGGUGAUCUUAGCAGUGAUUUAACUGGCGUUUUCUCUUCAAACUGGCUUGCUUUUCCCAGCGUACGAGCCGCAUCAGCCCGGGGGUCCGAACUCGGGACUUAAAGGUUAGCAAUAGCGCGCUUUGCCACGCCGUCCCCUCGUCACCACUAAUCAUGCCACUAUUUUUGCCUCUAUUAAUGCCACUACCCAUGUGACUAAUUAUGCCACAAAUGUAGUUUUCUUAAUGAAUCCAGUUUAAUCACCUUUAAUCAUAUCUCAUUACCACAGGCUCUUUAAGUUUACUUAUCUAUUUGAAACCGAAAGUAACAAGAAAGGUAGAAAGCUGUGCCUGUGUCUUCCAUUUUCUAUAUAAAUUCCAUUUCGUUCGUGGGGGGGGGGGG